AUGGUGGUUAGAUUUUUUCGAAAGGGUGGUGGCAUUGGAUACAAUUUUUGUGGUGUCGACAAGAUUAUUCGUUACCACAAUGGAUUGGUCAACAUUCGCGGUGUCUUAUUAAUGAAUUUCGAUUCUCAUUUCAUGUAUAAAAAUUUUUCAUUGGUUAAUCGUCGAACAUCGACCUCCUUGCGAUUUAAUGGAUAUCCACGAAUUGAAUGCCUUGACAAAAAGAUCGAAUCAAAUCAUCCAUCAAGGUUUAACAACCCAUUAAUUAUCUCCAUCAAUUGUGUCCUUAGCUCGGGUCUUUCUUCAAUAGGGAAAGAGAUUUGUGAAGAAGAAGAUAGCACACAGAUGACAAUCAAGGUCUCCAAACCAAUACCCGAUUUUCCUACUUACGGACUACUUCCGAAAGAGGAAACCGAGGCUUCGACCUUUUUGAAAAAGUAUCCCGAAUAUGAUGGUCGCGAUGUGGUCAUUGCUAUACUGGACACUGGAAUAGAUCCUGGUGCUGUCGGUUUGCAGACCACAACCGAGGGGAAGCCAAAAAUUAUCGACAUCAUUGAUUGCACCGGCUCCGGCGAUGUGAUCACAAAGACUGUGGUGAAACCCACUAUCUCGGAUGAUGGAAAUGAAACUUUGCACACGAUUCAAGGUUUAUCAGGACGUUCGCUCAUAAUUGAUCCCACCUGGAAAAAUCCAUCGGGGGAAUUUCGCGUUGGUAUAAAGCGAGCAUACGAACUAUUUCCAAAACCCUUGGUCUCCAGGCUGCAAAAGGAACGUCGACAGGAAUUCGAUAAGAAGCACCAUCUUUUUCAGGCGGAAGCGCAGCAAAAUCUUGCUGCAUGGCAGGAAGCUCAUCCAUCAUCUUCAUCUUCAUCUCUAUCAGAAACCGAUUCUGAUGUCAAAGCUGAUCUUGAAGCGAAGGUGGAGCUACUUAAGGAUUCAUUGAAAAAUUACAAUGACCCUGGUAUAAUUUUGGACAUAGUAACAUUUUACGACGGAGCUGAUUGGAGAGUCGUGGUUGAUGUUGAUGAGUCUGGUGACCUGAGAGGACAACCGCCUUUGACCGAUUACCGCAAGGAAAGGCAGUAUCAUACAUUCAGCCAAGAGGACAUGUUAAAUUUCUCUGUCAAUAUUUAUGAUGAUGGAGAUACCGUUUGCAUUGUCACCGCAUCCGGUUCUCAUGGAACUCACGUCGCCGCCAUUACUGCAGCGCAUCAUCCAGAUGAGCCGGCGCUCAAUGGGAUUGCCCCAGGUGCUCAGAUUGUCUCGCUAAAAAUCGGAGACAAUCGUUUAGGUAGUAUGGAAACAGGUGCUGCACUAGCGAGAGCUGCUAUCGCACUGGUGGAAACAAAAACCGACGUGGCCAAUAUGAGUUAUGGUGAAGCAACUGCUGUGCCAGAUUAUGGUCAUUUUAUACGUUUGAUUCGCGACGAAGUUGUGGGUAAACAUGGUUGCAUCUUUCUGAGUAGUGCCGGGAAUAAUGGACCUGCGUUGAGCACUACUGGGUCUCCCGGUGGCACUUCUAGCGGUAUUAUUGGUGUUGGAGCUUACGUGAGUCGUGCGAUGGUUCAAGCUGAAUACGCACUUCUCGAAUCUGUCCCUGAGCGUGCCUACACAUGGAGUUCUCAGGGUCCAACUACCGAUGGUGAUAUCGGUGUCGCGAUUUAUGCUCCCGGCGGUGCGAUCACAUCCACCCCUCUAUAUUCGUUGACCAAGGCUCAAUUAAUGAACGGAACUUCCAUGUCAUCUCCAAAUGCCACGGGAUGUGUUGCACUACUCUUAUCAGGUCUUAAGGCCGAAGAUAAAAAGUACACACCUUACCGAAUUAGAAAUGCUCUUGUAAAUAGUGCAAAACCAGUUAAUGAGAAUUUUGACGUGGGGCUUCUUCAGGUUGAAAAGACUUGGGAUUAUCUUAAAAAGUUUUAUGAUCGACCCGAUCAGGACGUUGUUUAUGAGGUUAGGAUUCCCGAUAAGCCAAAGGAUAAACGUGGUAUUUACUUAAGAGAAUCUUAUGAAACUGCAAGUCCACAGUUGUAUAAUGUUUCGGUUAAGCCGAAAUUCAUGAAAGAAAUUGAGCCCACCUCUGGUGAAAAUAACUCAAAGAAAUUUGAAUUCGAGAGUAGGUUGGCUUUGAUUAGCACGCAACCUUGGGUUCGCGUCCCGGAUUUCUUGUUGUUGGGUAGUCAAGGUAGGGUGUUCGAGGUUAAAGUCGAUCCUUCCCAAUUGACACCUGGAGAGCUUCACUUUGCAGAAGUUCAGGGUUAUGAUACAACUUGCUCGGAGCGGGGUCCUCUGUUUAAAAUACCGGUGGUUGUGACAAAGCCGAGCAUCAUAACGAACGGAUCAAAGAUUACCUAUGAUAACUGGGCAUUUGGGCCUGGGCAUAUUGAGCGAAGAUUUCUUAAAGUUCCAGAGGGCGCCACCUAUGCAGAUGUGACCAUCAAGUUUUCGUCUAAUUCACAUACCUCGCCAGCACGCUUUUGGUUACACAUGAUUCAGUUGCUACCACAAAGACGUUUUACAAACCAAGAGCACGAAUAUUACUUUGCUCUGGCCAAGGGAAGCUAUGGAGAUGGAAAUGGUGAAGAGCAAAUUGAGAAAAAACGAUUUUCAGUGCGUGGCGGUGUUACCAUCGAGAUCUGUCUCGCACAAUUUUGGUCUAGCCUUGGAAAUCACAAUGUUUCUUUGGAAUUCGUCUUCCACGGAAUUCAAAUUGCCAAUAAUACGACCAAUGGCGGGGACACCGUAUACAUUAAUGGUGGAGACUCUUAUACUCGACUAGAUAUUGUUGCCCCUGUUCGACGGGAAGAUGAAAUUUAUCCCUCGAUAAGUUUUGAUACUCUUCGAAAAACGAUUCGUCCAACCGAGUCAUCUUUAAAACCUCUUGGUUUGGAUCGCGACGUUCUUCCAGACUCAAGGAGAAUUUACAGUCUUACACUUACUUACAAAUUUAGCACAUCCGAAAAGAACACAAGCAUCACUCCAAGGUUCCCUGCCUUCUUUGGGUUAUUGUAUGACUCGUAUUUCGAAGAUUUCUUUGCGAUAAUUUACAACACGAAUAAGAAGGUCAUUGGAUAUUUGGAUAUUUACGCAAAGACCUUUAAGCUUGAGACCAAAGGAGAUUAUGUCAUUUUGGCUCAAGUUCGUCAUCAAUCUCAAGAGCUUUUAGAGAAGUUAACGAAUACCACCUGCUUUUUGGAUUAUACCAUCUCCAAAAAGGUUAGCUUGGAGAUAUUCGGAAAGCUAUCCGAUGUUUUUGUAUUCAAAAAAUCUACGCCAGUAAAGAGUUUUCUGGAGAAAGGUGAAAGGCAAGCGUUCUUUGUUGGUUCACCGAAUGAUUAUUCGGUUUACCCUAAAGAAGGUUCACCCGGGGACCUGCUGCUCGGAAAAUUGAACUUUAUAAAUUCCGCAAAGAUUGAUGGGGGCCAAUACUACGCGAAUUUGGUGAUCCCACCUGCUCCUAUUAAGCCGAAAUCGAAAGAAGAGAAACCGACUGAAGAGCUUGCGAAUGCGAUCAGGGAUUUGCAAAUAUCACAUUUGAAAAAAUUAUCCGCUGGCUCGGAUGCCCGCGCCGAAUUGCUUAAAGAGUUGGAAGAAAGUCAUCCAGACCAUUUACCACUGUACAUAACGAAACUAGAAUUACUCUUGGAUCCCAGUGCCAAAUCUGAUAAAGGAAGCGAUGACGAGAGUGCUACGAGUAAAAGCGGAAACAUGACGCCAGAAACGGCGACGAAAGCGCAAGCGUUGGCAGUACUUGCCGACGCCAAUCCUGAUUCAUUCUCCGUAAUCGGAAGUUCCUCAACUCCCGAGGCAGACAGCGAAUCCAAUGAAUUUGCCCUACAAUUCGAAAAAACCUGGAAAGCAUUGGCCCAAUGGUUGGACUCCACUCCACCGAUAUCAGAUUUCAAAAAUCUCAUGGUCUAUAUUACACGGGAGCGACGAGCAAAGCGAUUUGGAAGUGCGCUUAAAGCAUUAAAUAAAUAUUUAAGUGAUACCGGACUAAAUGGAGAAACCGCAAAAGAUUAUGAUAAAGCGUUAGAAUUAAAGAUUGAAUUGUUAAAGGAUGUCGAAUGGAAUGUUUGGGAGACAUACGAGAGAAAAUGGAAGCUCAUUAGAAUUCCACCCGGUGGUCAUGCACCGUUCUAA